UGAUGCCCACGGUUCUCAAGAUCCUCUCUACACAACAAAAGGGGGCUUCUGUUUCAAGUGGUGCCAUCUAAAAAAAUAAAUUGCUGGCUCUCACGCCACGGUCUGAAGUGCUUCUUGCAUGGCUAUGUUUUCAAACCAAAUGACUUCAACUCCUUUCUCGGUGAAAGACAUAUUGAACUUGGAGCAGAACGAGGAUAUGGUGUCCCUGGAUAUGUCGCCGAGGCUGGACGGUGGCUGCCUGCCGGCCUCCUCCUCCUGCAUGCUGGCCAAGUUCAAGCAGGAGCCCUUCCUGGAGAUGCCGACCGGAGUGUCUCUUUUUAGCGAGGACGACAACGACACCAGCAAAGUCAGCAGCAACAAGAACACAUCGCUGAACUUCGCCGCUGCCUUUUAUGGGAAGAAUUUCUUAGAAAUGGAUAUUGUCAAAGACGGCAAGGUGGACGAGUCUUUCGAGGAGAAAGAGAGAAAAGACAUGUAUCAUCCACAAGAAGAGCCGGGGGAAGAGGUUAAACCCGAGGACGCAGACCGACCAAAACAGAGGAAAAGGCGGAAACCAAGAGUACUGUUCUCCCAGGCCCAGGUCUAUGAAUUGGAACGGCGCUUCAAGCAACAGAAAUACCUGUCCGCACCCGAAAGGGAUCACUUGGCCAACGUACUGAAGCUCACCUCGACCCAGGUUAAGAUAUGGUUUCAGAAUCGUCGUUAUAAAUGCAAAAGACAGCGCCAGGACCAAACGCUGGAGAUGGUGGGGAUUCCCCCGCCAAGGCGCAUCUCUGUGCCCGUCCUGGUCCGGGAUGGCAAGCCCUGUCUGGGGGACGCAUCGACCUAUAGCACUUCAUACAACGUGGGUAUUAAUCACUUUACCUACAACACUUAUCCGACUUUUAGUAACUACCCAAGUUCUGGGUGCAACACGAACUAUACGUGCAACUACCCCACAGCGAGCGCCAUGCCAGCUCUCCAGGCAUCACCCACCAACAGCAAUUACAUGAAUUUCGGAGUGGGGGACCUAAACAAUGUCCAGAAUACAUUUCAGUCCAACAGUGGUGUAUCGUCUCUACAUGGCAUACGGGCAUGGUGAUAGGCCUAGGCCUCAGUCAGGAGACUCACCUGUGUUGCGAAGCCGAGGCACGGACUUUUUACGCAUGACUUUUAAUUUUUUUGAGACAACAAACUUUUACUUCAAGUAUAACCGUUAUGGAACAAAAUACUCCAGUGUUAUCUCAAAUGCGUGUUGGAUAUUUGUGUGUGUAUAUGGAUGGGGGUAAUUUCCGUUUUCUGUAGGCUUAUUUGGGUGGAAAUGCUUGAGGAAAUGCUUGUGGAAUUCACAAAAGUAGGUGUAUAUAGGGCAGAGUGCGUUUGCGUUGCAUUAUUUUUCUUUUUUUCAUCAAGGCGCGUUUUGGUAAGCCUCGGUAUAGGCCUAAGCCUAAUUGUAAAGUCAUGUCUAGGAAAAAUGCUGAGUUUUCCACCAUUGACAGCCAACUGAUUCUUGGAGCCGCUGUGCCAAAAUGAACACAAAAUUAAAACAAGUUUAAAUAUAAUUCAGCGUAGACACUUCAUUGUAGGCCUACAUGUUCUGUGUAUUAUUAUAAGUGUUUGAUGACGUAAAUUGUUUUAUUAACUGCCAUGUACACUAUAUGUUACUUUAAUAA